AUGCCUAAGAAUGAAACUGAUGUCAUGAAAAUCAUAUUGAGUUGUUAUGAAGAAAGAAAAGAAGAAAUGAUUCAGACUUUAAAAGAUUUUGUAGCUUCUGCAUCCACUUUAAGUGAUAUUGAACAAGAUACUAUUUUUUAUCUAGCUACAAAUAAACUGUCAUUGAGACAAAAUGCAAUUAACAACUAUUUUAUUUCUCUGUUUCUUGGCAAGAUAGAAGAUGUCAGAAGGACUACAUAUUUGAAAUUUGUUACAGACUAUAAUCAGGAAAGUGGAGGUGAGAAACCCGGUGGUGAUUCUGAAUAUGAAAGUGCUGAAGAAGAAGAUGGUUCUGACGAUGAUGUUAAACAGACCAGGAAAAAGAAUGCAGUUAAUACAUCUGAAAUUUUAGUAGAAGAAGAUGAAGAUACUUGUGAUGCUGAAGUAGAAGGAGAAUUUUUUGAACAUGAAGAUGACAAUGAGGAUGAAGAAGAGGAAGAUGAAUGUGUUGAAGGAGAAAGGCAACAGGGUGAUGGUGAAGAAAGUGUAACGUUGCAAGAGAAAGUGUUGGAUGAUGAUGAAGAUCGUCGCAAUCCACAGUAUAUACCAAAAAAAGGUUCAUUUUAUGAACAUGAUGAUCGUAUUAAUUCAGAUACAGAAAUUGAUACUGAAAAAAAGGAUACUAAAGAUAAAAAGAAGAAAAAAUUAUGGUUAGAUGAAGGUAGAUGGGGUCAUGAUAUGUAUCACGAAGAUGAACAGGCUCCAAAAUCUAGAGAAGAGUUAAUAUCAAUUUAUGGUUAUGAUAUUAGAAGUGAAGAUGGUCCUCCACGUGCCCGGAGGAGGAGGAGAUAUGGGCGUGGUCCUACCAAGUACACACGUAAUUGGCAGGAUCAAACCGCUUACCAAAAAUUAAGAGGAAUGACUCGUGGACGCAUUGCAAACAGAGGCUUCAAUAGAGGUAGAAUAAAGAAUAAUUAUUCAGAACGAGAAGAAAAUGACACAUAUCCAUCGGAUGAUAAUGCAGCUCUUAAUGAGAAGAAAGAAGAUAAUAGUGAAAACACUGAACCAGACAUUGUUAUAAAUGACAGUGAUUUUCCUGCCUUAAAUAAUACAAAUGAACAACCUAAUGAAAUUAGUAUUACAAAUACAGUUGUCUCUUCCGUUGAACAUGUUUCAAACAAUCAUUCAAAUUCUUGGGGUGAAGGAGAAAAUGCAGGUAAAGUGCAAAGCAGAACAUUUGAAAAUUCAAAAUUUUUACAAAAAACUAAAGAAGAAAUAAAUGAAAGUAGACAAAAUAAUAAAGAAAAUUAUAAGCAGUCGUCAUCAUGGCGACCACCAACAAACUAUCGAGGACAAUUCAAAUAUCAGUCUAGAGGAAGAAGUAGGAGAAGAGGUGGUAGCUACAGAGGACGUGGUGGUAGUAAUAAUAAUAGUGACACAAUUCUCACAUCAGAAAUGGAAAAGCUCUCUUUAAAGGAUAAAGAUAAUCAGACAGCAAGGCGGGACCAGAAAUGGAUUAGGAAAGAUAAAACAGAUCAUGGAAAACCUCCUAUAAACAACUGUCAGCAAGAAUCAUAUAGUUCCUCAACGACUGGAGGUGGAAGCGAUCUUAGUGCCACCCGUCCAAAACGGUAUUCUUCACUCAGGCAGCGAUCAGUUGCAGAUCCACCUGUUUAUCAACCCACUCAAACUACACUACCCCCUCCUUAUUACGACGCAAGUUAUCAAGCUGCCUUGUAUUCAGCUACUGAAGCUUUGCCUCCAAGUUCACCUCAUCAGACUUCAACCAGUCCACCAAUUCCACCAAUGUUACCCACUGCCCCCUUCCAAAGUUAUGCCACUGCCUCUUAUCAAGAAACUUAUGCUAUGAGACCUCCCGUUCCGAGUCCUCCUCGCAUGUUUCCACCAGUUACUUUAGCACCAGCACCACAGCCCACUAUACCUACACCAUAUAUAGCACCCAGUAAUGGUAUUGUAAAUUAUGGUCCUCCUCCAGCUGGAUAUCCACAGUACACAUUUCCUCAGUUUGCUACUGCACCUCCACCUCCAUCUCCAGUUACAACACCACCAGAAGUUUACAGAGGUGGGAUAAUGUAUUAUAGCAUGCAUACCCAACAGCAUGCUACUCGUACACCACCUCAGAAAAGACCAACUGCAGCAAUACCAAUAGUUCCACCUCCAGAGAGAGAACAAACAUCAUUAGAAAAAAUUGAAGUUAACAGCCCUAAUUCAGAAGAAUUAAAAGAAAUGGUUGAAAAUUCUACAGAAAUUGAAACACUGUCAGAAGAAACAUCACAGUUAUCUAAGCCCACAGUAGAGGUGGAAAGUUAAAUAUUCAUGUGUAUAUGUAUGUAUGUAUGUGUGUGUAUGUGUGUAUGCAUAUGGAACUAUAUCAAAUUGCAAAAAGUUGAUGUAGUGUAAAUUUUGAUUACUUCAAUCUUUUCAAAUAAAUUAUCCACUGCCUUCUGUUUUACAUAUUUCUUUUGUAGCAAGAAAGAAAUAGUGGAUUGUUCGAUUUUAAUAUGGUAAAUAAUUACAAAGCAAUUUAAUUGAACUUAUUGCAUUUUGUAUUCGUUUCCGAAUUGCGUACAAAGCUGGAGUAAGCUGUUUCUGAAUGCAGUCUUCCAGCUUAUAUUCAAGAAUAUUUUUUAAUUUUUCUCUAAUCUGUGAGCUAUGAUGACAUGUAAAAUAAUUAAAACAUGUUACUUCUGUAAAAUAUUCCUUAAUAUUAGUAAAAAUGUGUGUAAGUAAACUCAUGAAUGAAAUAAUAAAAAACUAUGUAUUAUAUAUAUAAAAAAAAAUACUUUUUAAACACAAGAAAUAAUGACAUAAAUUAUGGGUUUCCUCCCAUUUGUUUAUUGUUUGAAAUUAAAUUUGUUGUUUAUCUGGUAAGACAUUUUAUACUUCAUCUUGAAAAAUUGCAAUUGUAUGUUAUGUCAUAAUAGUGUCUGUCAAGAAAAUAGUGUUACUUUUAAAAAGGUUUUUAUUUUAUUUUUCUUUAUAUUGCAGCUAUGUAUUUCAAGCUGGGCUCUUAUAUUUGUAUUAUAAUUUAUUAAAAUGGUUUAUUUAUUUUUUAAUUAUCAACAACGUUAUGAAAUUGGACAAAGUUUUAGUAGAAUUUAUCAUGACUGAGAAGCAAAAAAAAAAUAUUGUAAAUUUUGGUUGAGAGAACAUGAUUAUAUUAUCCAUGUUGUACAGUAUAGCAGAAAUGAGUGAUGAUGGUUUAAUUUUAUUAUUAUAAAUUUUAAAAAAGUAUAGCAGUAAUUUUUCUUGACGUCACUACUUCCUUGAAUUGCAAGUUUUCCUGAAAAAAUCGUUGUAAAACUUAACGAGAUUCAUGGUAAAAGAAUUGCAAUUUUUGAAAACUUAGUUGAGAAUCACAAUGUAUAUUAUAUAAACAACCCUUCUAACAUUGUAAAUUUUAAUUUUU